GUAAAGUCAGUCUGAACUAUAUAGGUAGAACUUGUCUCAAAACAAAAAAUCCAGGGCAAUUACAGCUAUUAAUUAGAUUAUUCUAUAAUGAAGGGUUUUUUUUGUUUUUUGGUACCAGGGAUUGAACUCAGGACCUUGCACUUGUAAGGCAGGCAGCAACACCACUGAGCUAAGUCCCCAGCCCUAUAAUGAAGGUUUUAUUUAUAGUGUUGAGGCUGAAACCCAGAGCCUCAUGCAUGCUACAUAAGUAUUCUACCACUGAGCUACACCUCCAGCCUACAGUACCCCCGUAAGAUGGGAAGAGGGAAAAAUGGAAGGACCAGCAUCACUGUUGCUGAGGAUUGAGCCUUAAGUGUUUGAGGUUUCCAGGAGGCAAAAAACGCAGGAAUUGAAAAAAAAGUGACAAACGACAAAAGUCAACCACAUCUGUUACAUUGGGAGGCAGUAACUAUGCCAACAGAGGCCUGGCCACAAGCUGCACUUUACUGCAUUGGCACUUGAGGCUAGAGUUGGGCUUUGGGUUAGAGAGUUGAGGAUAUCCGGCUGGAAAGGGAUGGGAACUGAACAACGGCCAGAGUGAAAGAACUGUUCCUCUUUCCAAAUACAGGGUUCAGGGAGUGAUAUGAAAGGUUGGCAAAGAGCAUCACCCGCUUUCCAAGCUACCUAGGACCAGAGGUGAGGGUGAAAGUGAAAGAAGACAAAAAAACAGCCUCUGAAGUGGGUGGGGAGUAGAUGCGAAGCGAAAGCAACAAACUUGAUCUGUGAAGCCCUACAGAAGCUGAGGCUGUGGAUCUUCUGCUGCCCGGGCCCACUCAUCCGACUGACCCAUUGGUCCCUAUAGCAAUUGGCCCUGCCUGGUACUAGAUGCUGGGGCCUGCGCUGGUACCCCAAGGGGGCUUCUGCUUCGAGAACUGCCAGAGAAAUGCAUCCUUGGAACGCGCCUUUCCGGGGCUCCGAACCCCUCAUUCACGCAAGACUGGGACCACUAUUGCGGGCCUGGUGUUCCGAGACGGUAUCAUCCUGGGAGCAGAUACGCGCGCCACUGACGAUAAGGUCGUAGCGAACGAGAACUGCGAGAAGAUUCACUACAUCGCCCCCAAAAUCUACUGCUGUGGGGCUGGAGUAGCCGCGGAUGCCGAGAUGAUCACGCGGAUGGCGGCGUCUAACAUGGAGCUACAUGCACUGUACACGGGCCGCGAGCCUCGCGUAGCCACGGUCACCCGCAUCCUCCGCCAGACUCUCUUCCGGUACCAAGGCCACGUGGCGGCGUCCCUAAUCGUGGGUGGCGUAGACCCGACUGGACCGCAGCUGUAUGGUUUGCAUCCCCACGGGUCCUACAGCCGCCUGCCCUUCAUGGCCCAGGGAUCUGGGCAGGAUGCGGCCCUGGCGGUGCUGGAGGACCAAUUCCAGCCGAGCAUGACUCUGGAGGCUGCACAGGGACUGCUGGUGGAAGCCAUCACCGCAGGGAUCCUGGGUGACCUGGGUUCUGGGGGCAGCGUAGAUGUGUGUGUGAUCACUGCAACGGACUCCAAGCUGCUGCGGACACUGAGUUCACCUACAGAGCCUGUGGAGAGGCUUGGCCAUUACCGAUUGGCACCUGGAACCACAGCAAUCCUGACCCAGAUUGUGAAGCCAUUGAAACUGGACCUCCUGGAGGAAACUGUGCAGGCCAUGGAAGUGGAGUGAAGUCACCUGAGAGCUCCAAAUGAGUGGAAUAAACGUGGAAAAUACAAACACUUAAACA